AUUUGCGGCGAACGCGGAGGUUUACCAAUCGACCACCGUUCACCUUCCCAUCACCAACUCCUACACAAAUCACCAUGUUCUCAAGAAGAGCUUUCCCAUCGGCCUUCAGCGCCGCGACACGGGCGACUCGCCCCCUCGCCUCGGCCGCAGCUCCCCGCUUCCUGACGCCUAUGCAGAUGCGCAUGCUCUCCGAUGACAUGCGCCAGGCCAUCGACAAAGCUGUCGCGUCAGCUCCCGUAGUUUUGUUCAUGAAGGGGACACCCGAGACACCACAGUGCGGCUUCUCGCGCGCGAGCAUACAGAUUCUGGGCAUGCAGGGCGUGGACCCGGAGAAGUUUACGGCUUUCAAUGUGCUAGAGGAUAACGAUCUGCGAUCGGGCAUCAAAGAGUACUCAGAGUGGCCCACGAUACCCCAGCUCUACGUUGACAAGGAGUUCGUCGGUGGAUGCGAUAUUCUGAUGACCAUGCAUCAGGACGGCUCGCUGGCCAAGAUGCUUGAAGAGAAGGGUGUCCUGGUACCAGCGGAGAACGAUGCUGAGCCGCCAAAAUAGAGCCUCCGUUAUGGGAUUAAAUAGCUAGGAGCAAAGGAGAUGGAAGGAGCAGGGAAAUAGCCCACGAGGGUUGUACCGGGGACGAUGUAAGAUUGAUGCUGUAUACUUACCAGCUGUCCAUGAAGCGUUGCUCAAAGAUAGCAAUGUAUUUCGCGGGGACUUGAUGCGAAGUCGCUCUUACGCGUACUCGGUGCUUUAUGAUCUGAUCGCAU